AUGGGAGCCAUGAAGCUGAACGAGAGGAGUGUGGCCCACUAUGCACUGAGCGACUCCCCGGCCGACCAUACGGGCUUUCUGCGCACUUGGGGCGGGCCAGGGACUCCACCGACCCCCAGUGGCACUGGCCGAAGGUGCUGGUUUGUCCUCAAAGGCAACCUGCUCUUCUCCUUUGAGAGUCGUGAGAGCCGGGCCCCGCUGAGCCUGGUGGUGCUGGAGGGCUGCACAGUGGAGCUGGCCGAGGCUCCCGUGUCUGAGGAGUUCGCCUUCGCCAUCCGCUUCGACGCCCCUGGUGUGCGCCCACACCUGCUUGCGGCCGAUGGGCCCGCGGCACAGGAGGCCUGGGUGAAGGCACUGUCCAGGGCGAGCUUUGGCUACAUGCGCCUGGUGGUGCGCGAGUUGGAGAGCCAACUGCGUGACGCCCGCCACAGCCUGGCCUUGCAUCGCCACUCAUCCUGGAAGGCCGCUGGCAGCCACUGUAAGCCCCAGGCUCCUGACCACCGGUCUCUGGGCCUGGAAAACGGUCACUCCCCCUCCAAGGAUUGCAGCCCCAUGGACUUGGUUGAAGAAAGGGGCAGCAGGCCAGCAGGGCGGGGCUUGGCCGAGUGGCAGGGCCCUGCCAGCCACUUCCUAGGCAGGAGGCAGAGCCCCUCGUUCCCUGAGACCUCCUACUUCUCUACCCUGCACAACUGGUAUGGCCAGGAGAUCAUGGAGCUGAGGCAAAGGUGGCUGCAGAGGGUCUGGGGGAGCCAGCCAGAACGUGAGGAACAGGAUGGGCCCUGAGCCUCAGCCUUUCGGGUUCCACCCUUAUCCUGCUGGUCAGGACUCCGGGGCCAGUGCUUUUCCAGGAAUUCAAUGUUUAUUCGGUUUAAAGUUGCUUUUUUUGAGAGGGUUCUUUCCUUCCUGCUUUUUAGAACUUCUCCAGGUUCCAGAUCCACCCCCGUACCUGGAGGGGACUGAGGAAUCAUUCCUUCCAGCCCAUUUAUUUCCUGAGGCCCAGAGAGGAGAGGGGGCUUGCUUAGCAGCGGUAGAGCCAGACCCAAG